GGGGCUCGGAGCUGAGCCUCGCGGGGCGUGCGUGGAGAGCGUCGCCGGGCUCGGUUCGCAAGGCCACAGCCCCGCGGGGUGGCCCCGCCGGUCCUCGGGCGCCGGGGCCGCUGGGCGGCAGCGGCAUGAAGGUCACGUCGCUCGACGGGCGCCAGCUGCGCAGGAUGCUCCGCAAGGAGGCAGAGGCGCGCUGCGUGGUGCUCGACUGCCGGCCCUACCUGGCCUUCGCCGCGUCGAGCGUGCGCGGCUCGCUCAACGUCAACCUCAACUCGGUGGUGCUGCGGCGGGCCCGGGGCGGCGCGGUGUCUGCGCGCUACGUGCUGCCCGACGAGGCGGCGCGCGCCCGGCUGCUGCAGGAGGGCGGCGGCGGCGUGGCGGCGGUGGUCGUGCUGGACCAGGGCAGCCGCCACUGGCAGAAGCUGCGGGAGGAGAGCGCCGCGCGCGUCGUGCUCACCUCGCUCCUGGCCUGCCUGCCCGCCGGCCCGCGGGUCUACUUCCUUAAAGGGGGUUAUGAGACCUUCUACUCGCAAUACCCUGAGUGCUGUGUGGAUGUGAAGCCCGUUUCACAAGAGAAGAUGGAGAGUGAGAGGGGCCUCCUCAGCCAGUGUGGAAAGCCCGUUCUUAGUGUCACCUACAGACCAGCUUAUGACCAGGGCGGCCCGGUUGAAAUCCUUCCCUUCCUCUACCUUGGAAGUGCCUACCAUGCGUCCAAGUGCGAGUUCCUGGCCAACCUGCACAUCACAGCCGUGCUGACUGUUUCACGCCGGACCCCUGAGGCUUGCACCACCCACCUACACUACAAGUGGAUCCCUGUGGAGGACAGCCACACAGCUGACAUUAGCUCCCACUUUCAAGAAGCCAUAGAUUUUAUUGACUGUGUCAGGGAAGGAGGAGGCAAGGUCCUAGUCCACUGUGAGGCCGGGGUGUCCCGGUCACCCACCAUCUGCAUGGCGUACCUCAUGAAGACCAAGCAGUUCCGCCUGAAGGAGGCCUUUGACUACGUCAAGCAGAGGAGGAGUGUGAUCUCCCCCAACUUCGGCUUCAUGGGACAGCUUCUUCAGUAUGAGUCUGAGAUCCUGCCUUCCACACCCACCCCCCAGCCUCCUUCCUGCCAGGGGGAGGCAGCCAGCUCCGCGUUUACAGACCAUUUACAGACACUGAGCCCUGAUAUGCAGGGUCCCUACUGCACAUUCCCUACCUCAGUGCGGGCACCACUGCCCACCCACUCUGCAGUCCCAGAGUUCCACAGGAGCCCUGUGGCCACAGCCACAUCCUGCUGAGACUGGGAUUGGCUACCAGUGAAUCCCCAAGAGCAACUGUGAUUUUUGGUUAUUUUUGUUUUUUGUUUUGAAACUUGUGGACAUUUCAUACCUGUGCAAUACUGACGACCUCUCUGUCCCACUGCCCCAGUGAGAUGGUGAGGGUCACCAGGCUCGCAGGUGCACGUGAGACUGACCCCGAGGGUAGCUUCUCGGGACCGUAGGAAGGCCAAGCCAUGACUAGCACACCACGUGCUGACUACUGUACUUCCAGAACCCCUGCCCACUCAGGACCUCCCAGUCCUUGCACCUCAGAAGCCCGCCUUUCCAUUCCAAGCAUAAAGGCAAUAAAUCCCCACAAAAGUGGGAGCGAGAUGCCGCUGGACCAGGAGAGUAGGCAGUGACGGAGUCAACUCAUUUCGAAGGAAGCACAAUUUCCACUCUGCUCUUUGAACUUUGGCAAACUUUGUGUCUGUCGGCUUCAGGGAAUAAAGCUGGUCACUGCCCGGUCAGAGAGGUUAGCUCUGCUAGGUUUGUCAAGACACAAGUCCCUGCCCAUCUGAACCCGGUAGUGUUCUUGAGAUUGUCUUGGGUCCCAUGAAAGCUCUUGGCUGAAGAAGAUGCUGAACCGUCAGGGUUUCUCGCCAAGGGUUCCUCCUUGACCUUGGACUCGGGCGUGAGUCUUAUGCAUACUUGAACCUGUCCCAUUGUAUCUCUUCUUUAAGCAACUCUGGUGUCACUCAAGAAUGUGUGUUGGGACGCUAGUCCAACAAGCACCCCCUUGAGGAGGUGACAGUGAGUGCCCGGAGGAAGGGGGUAGCUUCAGAACCUACUCAGCCCCGUGUCCUUAGGUGUUGUCCACGGUGACACUUCCCUCCCUGCCCGGGGGCGAUGUCUUCCAGCUACUGAUGCUGGGAUUUGCAUCUUUUGUAAUGUGGUACUACUUAGGGCCUUUGAUAGGUUGUUUCUCGGGGGAAAGGCAGUGAGUCCCCCAAACCCAUGCGAAUGUGAAGAAAGGCGGUGUGUUGCUGGUUGUUGUUUUUUACAUAGUGUAAAAUAAAAUAAA